AGUAAUUUUAAAUGUGUAUUCUUCUAUCUGUAUAUAUUUUUGAAAUUACUGGAAGAUUCACUCAAUCGUCCAAGCAUGAAAAUUAGUAAAGAUACAAAUUCAUAUAAAUCUUUGAAGACUUCUAGUAUUGUGGCUUGUGAUUUCUGUGAUAAGAAGUUUAAAAAUAGAUACGAUAGUAUAGUUCAUAAUGCAUCACACAUUAUAAUUCCUCUGUGGGCGCAAACGUUAUAUAGAUGUAAUAUUUGCAACAUAUACACAACAACGGUUGAAGAUAUAGAAACUCAUAACGCUAGGAAACAUCAACAACCUCGGAAUGUUACUAAACCAAUCAAUGGAAUAAAAAGUGAAACAAUAUUAAAAGACUAUAAUAAUGAAAUAGAACUCGAGAUAAAUGGUGACGUGGGAUUGGUUGAAAGUAAAAUAGUUGAAAACGAACCAAUCAGAAACAGGCUUAAGUUUGAAGAGGAUGUUUUAAGCUCCAACGGUUUGAUAAAAGACUUGGUGACGCAAUGUAAGGUAAAUAUUCAAUUAAUGGACCCCCCAUGGUCGUACCAGUCCAUGAAAUUCAGCAAUUGUAACAAUACCACGGUUUUCAAUGAGGAUUUUGUUAGAAGUGACUUCGAUGAUCUGUCAACGAAUACUCAGGAGCCUGAAUAUAAUUGCAUAGAUUACUCGAGUUUGAUGAAACCGGGGAUUUUCAAUUGCAAAUAUUGUUUUAAGUCAUACCCAAACAGGUUCUCGUUAAUAAAACACGAGAUAAAUCAUAUGAAAAUAAUAAGAGGGAAACCGAUAUUGUGUUUAUACUGUGACAGAUUUAUCGCUGGCAACUAUAAAACAUUGAACGUCCACAUAGCGAAACGUCACCCAAACGUCAAAGCGAAGAAAUUCAAAACGUUUAUGUGCAAGCGUUGCGGUUUAAGGUUCAGAAAAUAUAAGAGACACGUGAAGAACUAUCACGUCUACGAUUGCCUCGAAUGCGGUUUGGAAUUCAACAACGCCGAGCAGAAUGCCAGUCAUUCGAACACAUGCAAGUGCCCAAAAUACAAGGCGAAGAUGCUGAAAGUGUGUGACCUCUGUUACUCGUUUAUGAAGCGACGGAUUAAUUUAAUUUAUUGCCUUAUGGGUGAUACAGACGACGAAUUAGGUGUACGGUACCCCUGUGACAAUUGUGGGAAGAAGUACUUUGUGCUGAAACUGGUGAAGCGGAUACAGAAAGAGAGAAAGUGCUGUUACAGGGAUCAGAAGAAGAUGACGAAUGAGGACAGAUUGAAGAAUAUACAGCAUCGUUUGAAAAGAUUAAAUCUCUUGAAUAAGUUUUAA